AUGCCGUCCUUCCUCCGUCGCAUCCGUAGAAUAAGACAAUCGUCGAAGCCUGAGCCAUCAAGCAAAGAUACUUCUUCUCUCAAAGUCUUUACAUACAUUGCAUUAUCUGAUCCGACGAAGGAGUUCAGGCUGCUCACCUUGCAACCAGCCACAGAUGACAGUAAAGAUAUCAGAUGCACUCUUCAACACGCCGAUUUGAGCAACCCUGGAGCGUUCGAGGCUUUUUCGUAUACAUGGGGAGAGCAGACCGAUAAAUACACUAUUUAUAUCAACGAUUUGAAUUUUGAGGUCUCCUGCAACCUCCGACAUGCUCUUGAGAACUUGCGAAACGUUGGGGCGCCAUGCAGCGUCGCAAGAGUUCUCUGGAUAGACGCGAUAUGUAUCGACCAAAAGAAUAUACCUGAGCGUAAUGAGCAGGUUACGAAGGAUGGGCGACGUCUACAAGAGUGCCAGUCGAGUGGUCGUAUGGCUGGGAAGGUAUACGGAGCCAGAAGAUUCCUUGGUAAACUUUGA